AUGUCGGACAUCGAAGAAGAGAAUAUGGUGACAUUUCGUACCGGAAUUGGGGAAAUAUCUGUAGGUGGAUUUAGCAGGAACUCAAACUCAAAAAUGAUGUUAAUGAACAAUAUUGAUCAAUUCAAUUCCAAUCGCUACAAGCUGGAUCUUCCACAACACGAUGUCCGGAGCAUGUACCGUGAACGAGCAAUAUCUCCAUUUUCUUUAAGAAGUGAUGUUGGACCUCCUAGAUUUCAUCCUGGACAAUAUGCAAGUUCUCAUAGAUCUGUUAUUGAUGGCAGGAGUAGAUCUCCAAUGUCAAUCCGUAGUGUGGAUACAACAAGAACUGCUAUUGACAUAACAAAUGCUCUUAAGUUUGAAACAUUUAAUACACAUGAAUUACAGAUUAUUAAAGAAAUAGUUUGCCGGAAAUUAAAACUUAAACAAAGAAGGAGGUAUGAAAAAAAUAGACAUAAAUCUAUGGUGCUCAAAAGUAACCGAAGUAAUAUUAUAAGACAUAUUAGAAGUAUGAAAUAUUCGGAUAGAGAUAGUAGUGAUUCACCUAUAAGUGGCAAUGAAGAUGACAGGUUACUUAGAAGACCACAUAUAAGUCAAGUAGACAAAUCUUUACUGAUGAAUUCGAUCAAUAAUAAAGAUCAAUACACAAACCAUACAAUUGCUCUUAAAAAAAAUAUAUUUUCAAUUAAGCAAAAAGCGUCUAACAAUUGUGCUGAAGUAGCCAAGCCAGACUCCACUCAAACAUGUAAUGAAGGGCGAACUUUAAAAGAUUAUUUUUCAAGUGAAUAUAUGUUUCCCUCUCAAAGGUUCAAUAAUACAACAGAAAGUGAAAAUAAUUCUAAUGAUAUACCAAAAUUAGUAGUAAGCCAAGAAUGUCUAAGCAGUGAAAAUGAAGAAAUAUUUUCUGACAGUGAAAAUAGAAAACGAUCAUUUGAUCAUCAAUUCAAUAACAAUGCAAAGAGAAUAAAACUUGCAAAUAGUGUUACAAAUUCUGAAUUAAAUUCUUUAAAAGAUACUUUUAAAAAACCUUUAGUACCUAAACUUAAAGACACUAGUAAUGCAAAAGAAAUAGCUAUUUCUGAGUCAGUACCACCCACAAUUUUGGUUAAUAACAAUGAAGUACCUGGAGAUAUACAAAAUGAAUGUGAGGAAUCAAAAUUAGCUGAAGUUUCUAUGAAAUCUAGUUUUUCAAAGCGAAAGUUAUUCACACAGAAAGUAGAUUUUUUAAACUCUAAAGGAUUAUCUGAUACCGCUGGACCAAGUCCCAUAACUAAAGUUGACAAUAAAGAACGGAAUAAAACUAGAAAACUAGUAACAACACAGUCUUGUCUAAAUAGAAAUGUUUCUGAUGAGGAUGACAAUGUAUUGGAUUUAAUUCACAAAAUAGUACCCGCUGAUCAAAUAUAUGCAGCAUCUAGUAAAACAAAUACUGUCACGGAUGACAAGUUUGAUAGUGAUGUAAGUGGUACAUUUACUGAUGAAACACUCAAUGGCACAGUUCUUGAACAAACAAACAUUGACAAGGAUGAAAAUGGUAAAUUGGCGAGCUCAUCCAAAGCAAAAGAUUGUAGAGUUACAAGACAGAAUGUUCUUUGCCAAAAUUCAGGAUCUUCUAAGACUGUGUCACAAAGAUCAAAUCGUAUGAUAACCUUCUGGGAAACUGAUAUAGAAAGUGAAAUGGAAUCUGAAAAUAUACCUGUUUGGAAAAUAGCACGACCCACUGCGAAUAGGGAUCACUUUAAAGAUGUCACCGUAUCAGCUUUAAAUACUACACACCGAGUAGGUAAAAAUAGAGCUAAAAUAUUAACUGUGCAAGAUUUAAAAAACAAAAUCGCUAAUUCUAAGAAAAGAUUGAAUACUGCCACUGAAGUUGAGGAGCCAUAUGACCAAGAACAAACUAUAAAAAAAGUGAUUCCGAAAGUAAUUGAAGACAUAAAUAAUCAAAUUCAGCUUGAGCCUGAAAAGCCUGCCAAAGAAAAGAAGAAAACUAUUGCUUCAAGUAAUAAAAAUAAGAAGCCGAAUACUCCAGAAGUUUCAAACAUUCAACAAAGUAAAAGGAUAAGAAGGCCUAACAAAAAAUAUUCUGAAUGUGAAGAUGAGACAACUAAAGCAAAAAAAAGUAAAACAGAAGAAAGUAGCAAGACCUUAAAAGAUAAUGCAAAAGACGCAAAUAGCUCACUUGAUACUAGCGAUAAUUUAAAUGUAUCUAGUAGGACGAGAUCCAAACGAAGUGAAAGUGACGAAAGAAGAACAUCAAAAGAAAAUAGUUUUCAACUUAGUGACGAUAAUCACAAUAUUUCUCUAAAAAGUUUAAGACCAAGAAAAAAUAAAAACAACGCGUUUUGA